UUCUACUUGGGGCAGACACGUGAACAACGUGAAAAAUGCCAGUAGAUACGAAGCGUGUUCGCGGUCCGGAGGAGUCUCAGUCUCCGCUGUUAUUUCUAUCUCCUACCACGCAAACGUGUGAAGUCCGCAGCAGGCCGGGCAAUCGCGGAAAAGGGGACGUUCGGCCGCUGUUCGCGCGCUGUGGUCUGGUGAGCCAGGCGAAGGGCUCUGCCUACAUCGAGGCCGGCAACACAAAGAUCAUCUGUUCUGUGUACGGGCCACGAGAGACCGAGCGGAAAGACGAAACCGACAUGAAAAGCGGUCGCCUUGUGUGCGACGUGAGGCUCGCUCCGUUCUCCUUCUUGAAAAGGGGCGCGUGGAUCCAAGGCAGCGAGGAGAAGGACCUGUCCUUGGCGCUGUCAGAGAGCAUGCAGCCCGGCGUGUGCCUGCACCGGUACCCGCGCUCCCAGAUAGAAGUGAACGUAAUGGUGUUGGAGAACGACGGUUCUGUUCUGGCACACGCCGUGACCUGCGCUUCCAUGGCGCUGGCGGACGCCGGCAUCGAGAUGUACGACGUGGUGCUGGGCUGCGCGCUGCGUCAGGAUGGAAACUCGUGCCUCCUGGACCCGGACUUCUCUGAGGAAAGAGGGAGCUGGCAGGCGGGCUAUGGUGAGAAUCAGGGCCGCGUUACCGUCGCACUCCUGCCCAACCUCAAUCAAGUAUCGGGCCUGCACGCGGACGGGGAGAUGCGCGAAGAGACACUAACCGCGGCCGUGAGGACGUGCAUGGAUGGGUGUCAUAAGCUGUAUCCAGUGGUGCAGCAGGCCAUACUACGGGCUGUUAAGAGAAAAGCGCCACCUCCCGAAAAAUAAGACUUGGAGGUCGUGUUGUUGUAGGCUAUAUUAAUUUCCUUUCAGCGAAUUUGUUUCUGAAUGUUUUUGCAGUAUGUUGGAGCUCUGCUCGCAAUAAAUAGGAAAACCGACGA